AUGCAGAAGGUAUUAAAGUGGUGGCAAAACUACAAGUAUCGCUUCGUACCGUACCUAAUAUGGAAAUUGAAAGAUAGGACAAUAAAAUACAUUCCCAAGGAAAACUCAAGUACUGAAGGAUUACAAGUUAAAGAAAAUGAAAUUUGUAACACUCUAAAAGACGAGUCUUUGGCGAUGGACUCUCAAGCGGCUAGCAUGAUAAUGAUGAAUGUUUGCGGAUUUACCAUCGCUCGCAAAGAAACAAAAGAUAAAGGAAUAGGUGUUUAUGUCUCAGAUGGGUAUAUACCACCUGGCAAAGUAGUAGCUUUAUAUCCAGGCACAAUUUAUCAGUCGCACGAUUCGAUGCUAUUUCAGUCGAUACGGAAUUCCUUCAUGUUUCGAUGUGUUGAUGGAACAAUAAUUGAUGGCAAAGAUCAUGGCAUAUCUAAAGCUGUUUAUAUGUCUUGCACAAAACGCGAUAUUCUAGGGCAUCAUAUACUGAACGAUAUAACAUGGCUGACAUCAAAUCCAGUAAAUCCUAUGGCUAUUGGUCAAUACAUUAAUAACCAAUCCAAAAAUUCUCCAGCUAAUGUUAUUUAUCAUGAAAUUAACUUUCCGGAAGAUUUGCCUUUAACACUUUAUCGAUUCAUACCAAAUGUUUACUUUCGAAAUUUAACUUACGAAGAAGAAAUGGGUACUAGAAAAAUUCGGAUGGUUAUUCUUAUUUCCACGCACCCGAUCAUGAAAGGUGAAGAACUGCGGUCAUCUUAUUUUACCGUUAUAACUUGA